AUGGACAACAUUCUGAGCCAGCCGUAUAUGUCUGGUCCUGGAGCUGCAGCUUCAACCCCGGGACAGGCUCAUCCCCUUCCCCACCCGCAACAUCAGCAUCACCAGCAGCAACAGCAGCAACAGCAGCAACAGCAACAAUCACAGCAACAGCAACAGCACCAGCACCAGCACCAGCACCAGCACCAGCACCAGCACCAGCACCAGCAUCCACAGUCUCAUUCCCAUUCCCACUCUCAGGUGCAGCCACAAUUACAGCCUCCGGCUCAGACCCAGCAGCCAAUAACCCUGCCACCCGUACGGCAGCACCAGCAGAACCUUGACUUUACCUCUAUUGUGUACGAUGGCUACGAGUAUAUUCUUGAAGUCGUCCAGCAGCCUAUCCGCGCGCCCCCGGCAGCCCCAAAUUAUCAAUCUUACCAACAGCAAGGCAUGUAUAACCACACACCCAGUCCUUACCCGUACUACUCCGCCCAUACCUAUGCUGGCCAACCUGGGAUGUCAUACACUCCUCACCCUACUGGGCCAUCGCAGACUUACUAUCCCAACGCGAGCCAAGGAUACUACCCGCCUCAAGCGCAGCAACCAGUUGUGCACCAUAUGCCUCCCACUCCUGUCGGCAUGUUCACGCGCAAUUUAAUUGGAAGCCUGAGCGCAAGCGCGUUCAAACUAUCCGACCCUGCUGGUAAACUUGGCAUCUGGUUUAUCCUUCAGGACCUGAGUGUUCGUACCGAGGGCAUGUUCAGGCUGAAAAUGAACUUUGUCAACGUGGGAACCCCUCAGGCAUCUCUGAGCCAGAACCCCAACAGUUCAUCAUCUACACCAAUUCUUAAUCACGGGUCAGCUCCCGUGCUCGCGUCUGUCUACUCAGAUGUUUUCCAAGUCUUCUCCGCCAAGAAGUUUCCCGGUGUCAUUGAGAGCACACCUUUGAGCAAGUGUUUUGCUAUUCAGGGGAUAAAGAUUCCUAUCCGCAAAGACGGAGUUAAAGGCGGCAGAGGUGGUGGGGCUCCUAUGAUGUUAAAAGACGAUGCUGAUGGCGACGAACAAUACGACGAGUAG